AUGGACGGACCGCCACCACCUCCCCCGCCGCAUGGCGCAAAUCCAAAUACUACUGAAGGGACUCCGAGAUAUCGAAAAUCGACGGAUUUGCCCGACGGUCCCUACGAUAUUUUUGUGAUACCGCCUCAUUCUGCCGGCGGAGGAUUUCUUUAUUUACCAUCGUUAAACUGUCAUCGCAACAGCUUCAUUGCGGGUUCGUUGUCUACCUUGGCAAUUGUCGUUUUGUGGGUUCAAUUACAGCCGUUGGCGAAGACUUGGCUUGCGGCAAUCUCGAAAUCAAACGCACCUGGAGGUGUGGGUAUUAUAUUGUUAGUUGUCGCGGUUGGCUUCGCUGGCUGGUACUUUGGCACAUUACAGAACGAUAGAGGCGGCAUGAACGGCAGUUCAUCGGGCAGACCGCGACCUGGCGCAGGAUUUGCCAAUGGCUUCCAGUACGGUGGUGCACAGCCAAAUCCAGGAGGACCCUACCCAAGUGGAGGACCAGCUCCAAAUGCUCAAUACAACAAUGCCGGCGGUCAAUAUAAUCCUGGAGGAGCAUCACAACCACCGCCAUUCAACAAUCAUGGCGCCCAACCGAAUAGUGCUCCCCAGGAUACCCCUCAGAAUAAUGCGCAAAACAAUGCUCAGAACAACACACAUAACAGUACUCCAAAGGAAGACCCAAAGAAAGCAGAAGCAGAAUGGGAGAGAGCCCGUGAAGAGACGAGGCGCAAAGAAGAAAUUCGACGAAAGAUGGAAGCUUAUAGAAAGAAACGUGAAGCGGAAGAGGCUGAAAGAAGGAGGCAGCAGGAGCGCGAAGCCAUGGAGAGGGAAUUAAAACAGCGCAAGGAAGAGCUUGAGAGAGAAGCUGCGGCAGCCAAAGCAGCUGCAGAAAAGGAAAUCAGAGAAAGGGCAGCAAGAGAAGCCGCCGAAAGGGAGGAGCGCAUCAGACGGGAAGAGGCAGAACGGGCGGAGAGAGCCAGAAGAGAAGCAACGGAACGAGAGGAAAAGGCUAGAAAAGAGACAGAAGAACGAGAGGAGAAAGCGAGAAAGGAGGCGGCAGAAAAAGAGGCUGCUGCUAAGGAGGCUGCGAAGAAAGAGGCAGCAGCGCGAUUUGCCGCGGCCAAAGAAGCUGCCGCCAAAAAGUUUGCUGCCGCGAAAGAGGCCGCUGCAAAGGCCAAAGAGGCCAGUAAAGCUCCUCCUCCUAGCGCAGCCCCAGCCCCUUCGACUGCUUCGGCUCCUACUCCGCGAACUCCCUCUCCGCAAAAGCCUCCGCCACCAUCAGCAAGGGCUGCCGACGUCGAUGACGAUGCCUAUUCUUUCCGGCCUUACGACAGGCCACGACGACCGUAUGGCACAUCGGCGCCCUCUGUUUAUUCUGAAUCUUCUUAUGCUCCAUCACAAUCCACGGCACGAACAACACCUCCACCGUCUCAUCGUGGACCGUAUAUGACUAAGGAUCCAGACAAAGUCAUUAUUCGCGGUGUGUAUCUUUUCAACAAUGCCUUUCAGAAGUCUCCAAUCGCACAGUUGGUCUCUGGACAAGGAUCUGUCACCGAUGGGCUGGUUUUGAGGAUCACUACAGAAGGCCUGUUCAUUGACGAUGACGUUCGGGGCGUUGCACAAAGAGAAUGGGAUGUGAAGGCGUGGACAUUGAAGUCGGUUGAGACGAUCAAACUUCGAGGUCUACAGGUUGUUCGUGCCAGUGUUCGUGAUCAAGAAGGCAAAAGAUAUGUCUUUGUGCUCACAGAAGCUGAGGUGUGGAAAGUCACUCAGGGGUUCAAGAAGCUCAAAUCUGGAUCUCAAGCACGCCACCUGAGCCAAUCAGAGCUUUCGAAGAACGAAGCCAACGCAUAUCUGACGAAUCUUGGCUAUUAG